AUGGGGAAAGAAAAGCGUAAGGCGGUGGACGUGGAGGUCAAAAAGUUGUUGGAUGCUCAGUUUAUUAGGGAAGUUAAGUAUACCACUUGGUUGGCCAAUGUUGUGAUGGUGAAGAAGGCCAAUGGAAAAUGGCGUAUGUGCACUGAUUACACAGACUUGAAUAAAGCCUGUCCAAAAGAUUCCUACCCACUACCUAGUAUCGAUGGCUUGGUAGAUGGAGCCUUGGGAUAUGCCAUACUUAGCUUCCUUGACACUUAUUCAGGAUACAACCAGAUUCCAAUGUAUCAUCCUGAUUGUGAAAAGACUGCUUUUAUUAUUGAGAAAUCCAAUUAUUGUUAUGAUGUCAUCCCUUUCGGGCUGAAGAAUGCAGGAGCGACAUAUCAGAGGUUGAUGGAUAAGAUUUUCCACCAGCAAAUAGGGAGAUGCAUGGAAGUUUAUGUCGAUGAUAUGGUGGUGCAGAGUCGGUCGAGAGAGGAGCCCAUCAGCGACUUAGCAGAGGUAUUUGGAAAAAUCAGGAAAUACGACAUCAGGCUAAAUCCAGCAAAAUGCACUUUUGGUGUGCCUGCGGGAAAAUUCCUAGGUUUCAGGUUAACUGCUCGAGACAUCGUGGCCAAUCCCGAUAAAUGUAAGGCCGUUCUGGAAAUGCGGAGCCCUCAAAUCUUGAAAGAAGUGCAACGUUUGGUGGGACGUCUGACUGCCUUGUCAAGUAAGCGCGAACGACGGUGUCGGUACAAACAAAUCGAGAAGGUUGCUCUGGCGUUGUUGACGGUGUCGCGUCGUCUACGGCCUUAUUUCCAGAGCUACCAAGUCGUAGUGCGAACCGAUCAUCCUAUUGCGAAAAUACUGAGAAAACCCGACUUAGCUGGUCGGAUUGUCGGGUGGGCAGUAGAAUUGUCUGAAUUUGGGUUGCGAUUUGAACCACGCGGGUCAGUACGUGGCCAACACUUGGCAGAAUUCACGUCAGAGUUGCAGUCGGAUGAAGAUAAUGCCUUGCAACCAUGGAAGCUUUUUGUUGAUGGAUCGAUCAGUGGAAAGGGAGGAGGCGCAGGUGUAGUGUUGGAGGGGCCGAACGGGUUAGCGGUAGAAGAAUCGCUCAUUUUUCAGUUCAAGGUCAGUAAUAAUCAGGCAGAAUAUGAAGCCCUAAUUGCCGUACUGGAGUUGGCCCAAGACUUGGGAGUAGAGUGUGUGGGGUGUCGAACGGAUUCACAAUUAGUGGUUGGUCAGAUGAAGGGAGAUUUCCAAAUCAAGGAUGAUCAACUCCUUCAAUACUUUCACAGAGCAACAAAUUUAACACAACAAUUCAAAAGUGUAGAAGUAUCACACAUCCCUAGGGAAGAGAACACAAGGGCAGACAUUUUGUCAAAUCUUUCCAGGGGCAAAGAUAAUGGGCAAUUGACCUCAAUAGUGAGGCGGAUCAUGACAAAGCCUACUAUAGACUGCAUGUCAACGUCUAUAGAACCCGAUCGAGAAGACUGGAGGCAGGAGGUGAUGAUGCGAAUAAAGGAGCAGGACGAGGGACAAGGUAUUUCGGCAAAGGAUGCUAAGCGUAUAGCGCGCUACGUGUUGAUAGGGGUAGAGCUAUAA